AUGCAUGUUGCAACUAGAAGGAACAAAGAACAGCUACAGGCUACAGCUCUUAAUUUCUCGCAAGAGCUCCUCCACAAGGGAAAAAGUGAAAAAUCAAAAUGGCAUCCUCCAGCUCCUCCUAUAACUCUCCCUGCGCUGCCUGCAAGUUUUUGA